AUGCCUCACAGGCAGCAACGUACCGGCUGCAUCCCACACCAGUUCCAAGUCCCCGGAACCGGGAUAUCAUUGCCCACCCGCCGCAUCACCCGCGCAUCGCUUUCCAAGUUUUCCUACGGCGCCGACGCCGAUACGAAAGCAGCCAUCCGCUCGACUCUGAAAGAGGAGGGCGAGCCCGAUUUGCGCCUCGGUUCCGACAUCGAAGAUGCCGUCACGACAGUCUCCCGCAAACGCAGGAGGCUCACAGCCCGGGACGGUGGCAGCGAUCUCGUCGUCGCCAAGGUCGAGCCCGCCACGGACGAAUCCUCGACCGCCCUCUCCUCGCCCACGAAAGAGUCGUCUGCGCGGAACCCACCCCGCCGAGCGCGAAAACCCGCACGUAAAACUCAGGACCCCGAGACCGGGAGACGACCCCCCCGUGAUCAGCGAUUCCAUACCCUAGUGUCUCUGAUGCUGUCGAGCCAGACAAAGGAUACGACGAAUGCUGUGGUGAUGGCGAAGCUCAAGACAGAGCUCCCGCCAUACCGAGAGGGUGCCCCGCCGGGGCUGAACCUGGAGAACAUGCUCGCGGUGGAGCCCAAUCUACUCAACCAAUUCAUCUGGGCCGUCGGCUUCCACAACAACAAGACCAAAUAUCUCAAGCAAGCCGCCGAGAUUCUCCGGGAUAAAUGGAAUGGUGACAUCCCCGACACUAUCGAAGGCCUGGUAUCCCUCCCUGGCGUCGGCCCCAAGAUGGCUCACCUAUGCAUGUCCGUGGCCUGGAACCGCACCGAGGGCAUCGGCGUGGACGUCCACGUUCACCGCAUCACCAACCUCUGGGGAUGGAACAAGACGCGCAACCCUGAAGAAACCCGCCUGGCCCUUCAGUCAUGGCUGCCGCGCGACAAGUGGCGGCAGAUUAAUUGGCUACUGGUAGGGUUCGGGCAGGCCGUGUGCCUACCUGUAGGGAGGAAAUGCGGCCGGUGUGACCUGGGGCUCAAUGGCUUGUGCAAGGCCGCGGAUAGGGGCAAGGUCGCAGAGGGCAGGAAGGCGCGGGCAGGUAUGGAUCUCAAGGUCGAGAAAGUGGAGGCCAAGAUCAAGAUCGAUGAGGGGGACGAUCUGAAGACAGAGGAGACCAAGGAAGAGGUCAAGGACGGGAUCAUGGAUGAGGUAAAGCCGAGCGUAGCGGUGAAGAAGGAAGAUGAGGACGAGUAUGGCGAGGAGUCUGAGCGGAAGAUGACGAACGGGAGAUUGGCGCAUCGUGUCAAGAUGGAGGUCUCGGAAGACGACGCCAGGGAGAAUCUCGCCAACCUACAAGAUGUCAAGCCUACCGCUGCAUCAAUAAGUCCUCCAGGGACACCUUCCAUAGCGCAUCCUAGCGAGGCGCGAAGGAGAGGCGGCCGGACAAGGAGAAGCCUGAGGUGA